AUGACAUAUGACUGCUCGAACUACCUGGACAUGAGCAAUCAGACUCAAUUCUGUGAAUUCAUCCUCCUCGGUCUUUCCGAGCAGCCCUUGUCACAGCAGGUGCUCUUUGGGCUGUCCUGCAGCCUGUAUCUGAUUGGGUGCCUGGGGAAUCUGCUCACCAUCCUAGCCAUCGUCUCAGACCCUUACCUCCACAGCCCCAUGUACUUCUUCCUCAGCAACUUGUCCCUUCUAGACAUUUGCUUUACCUCCACGACCAUCCCCAAGAUGCUCCUGAACCACCUAUGUGGGCACAACACCAUCUCCUCCUCUGCUUGCCUGGUCCAGAUGUAUUUUUUCAUCACCUUUGGGGCAGCUGACAGCAUCCUUCUUUCGGCCAUGGCUUAUGACCGCUACCUGGCCAUCUGCUGCCCGCUGCACUAUAUGACAAUCAUGAGCGUCCUUCGGUGUGCCUUGCUGGUGGCAGUACCCUGGAUCUUGGCCAAUUGCAUCUCCAUGGUUCAUACUAUUUUGAUGACUCACUUGGCCUUUUGCACCAAUAAGAUCCCACACUUCUUCUGCGACCUCAACGCCUUAAUCAAGCUCUCUUGCUCUGACACACAAGUCAACGAGAUGUUGGUAUUGGUGCUUGGGGGUUCAGUGGUUCUGGUCCCUUUUGUGUUCAUCAUGGCUUCUUAUACACCUAUUGCUGUGGCUGUGUGGAAGGUGCCCUCAGCCCGGGGAAAGUGGAAAGCAUUCUCCACCUGUGGCUCUCACCUUUGUGUUGUCUGUCUCUUUUACGGAACCAUCACUGGGGUCUACUUCAACCCGGCAUCCAUACACACCACCCACAGGGAUAUGGCAGCCACAGUGAUAUAUACCAUGGUGACUCCCAUGCUGAACCCCUUCAUCUACAGCUUACGGAGCCGAGAUCUGAAGAGCGCCCUCAGGAAACUUCUCAGCGAGAACCACUUUGCUAAGUGUCUUUGA